AAAAAAACUAUUAUCCAACCAAACGCAAAGAGCAGAAUCUGGAGCAUGAAGUUUGUGUGAAUAUGCUAUUCAUACCUUUCUUGUUUCUUAUAUCCCUCUCUCACUCCUUCUUUUCUUAUCAACAUUUCAAACCAAUUUCCAUUCCCUAUUACCCUCUCAAACCAACAUUCACAAAUGGAAGCCAACGUUUUCAGGCAAAACGGAAUUUCAAAACUAACUUCUUCAACAAAUUACAAUCUCAUCAAACAUAAACCUCAACAUCCACCUUCUGUAGUUUCCGUGCUCAGAAACACUUCAAAUCGUAACAUUAAUGAAGAAUCAACGAACAAUAGUACUAGCACUGUCUACAAAGAUAGUUGGUUUGAUCUCGUAGCAAUAAACCAUUUAUCAAAAAGUGUUCAAGCUGCCACAGGAAUUAGAAACGAUGAAAGUGGCUAUGAGAGUCUUGUUGAGGCCGCUAUUAUGGCGAAACAGAAAUUUAAUUCUACUCAGCAGCAAGAGGUUAUCAUUCAAGCUCUGAAUAGACUCUUUCCUGAGUCAGUAUUUUUAUUGAUAAGGAAACUGCUACCACCAUGUAAAUUCACAAGGGAACACUUUGCCAUUUUCACCACUUUGUUUUUUAGUUGGUUACUUGGGCCAUCUGAGGUUAGAGAAUCAGAGAUCAAUGGAAGAAGAGAAAAAAAUGCAGUCUAUGUCAAAAAAUGCAGAUUUUUAGAGGAGACAAAUUGUGCAGGGAUGUGUAUUAAUCUAUGCAAAAUUCCAACUCAAACGUUUAUAAAGAACACUCUCGGUAUGCCGGUGAACAUGAUACCAAAUUUUGAUGACAUGAGUUGUGAGAUGAUAUUUGGGCAGGAUCCUCCAUCAUCAACUGAUGAUCCAUCACUAAAUCAACCAUGCUAUAAACAAUGCAAGGCAUAUAAAAGUCAUGAAACAAACUGCCUCAAUUAAUUCAGAGGGUUUCAGGGCAGCAAGGAUGGAACAAGAAUGUUGUCUCCCACAUUUUGUAUACAGCCAAAACUUAGACUCAUCAGCCAUAGUUUCUUUCAUUAAGAAAACAACUAAGUGCUCCAACGGACUUGAAGCCAAUCAUUAGCCAGUGGAAUUCUAUCAUAUUAGUAGUUUCAAAGUUUAUUUUUGGCUUUUAAAUAUCAAAUAUGUAAAAGCAUAAGUGACUAAUAGAUCCAAAGUUUAUUUGUAUGAAAGGCAGGUGUCUCUUUCCAAUGUUUAUAGAACCUUAUGCUAUUUUACGGUUUUGAAAAAAUUGUC